UGGCGUGUUCCUUCCUGGGACCCCUUUGGGGUGGCGUGGCUGCUGGGAUUUAAUCCUGGUCCCUUUAUCUGUCAGCUCAUCCUCUUUGGGCUCAGCAACCAGAUGGUGGUGACCUUCAAGGAGGAGAACACCAUCGCCUUCAAGCACCUCUUCCUGAAGGACUACGUGGACGGCGCCGAUGACUCCUACGCUGUCUACACCCAACACGACCUCUAUGACCGCGUGUUUUAUGCCGUGGACAAGUACUUGGCCAUUCCCAACGAGACCAUCGGUCGCUACGCCUACGUGCGAGGGCAGAGUGGAGGCAACCAGUCGGCCCUCAUGCUGUGCCAGCAGUACUAUCGCAGAGGGCGCAUUGAUCCAGCCAAUGACACCUUCAACAUCGACCCCAAGAUUGUCACAGACUGCCUGGGAGUGGACCCCGAGGACCCACAUCCUCUGCCCCCAGAGCUGGACCGCAGCUACAAGAACUUCACCUUCAAGUUUCACAAGCUCAUCAACGUCACCAUCCAAUUCAAGCUGAAAGCCAUCAACAUCCAGACCAUCAUCAACAACGAAAUCCCAGACUGCUACACCUUCACCAUCACCAUCACGUUUGACAACAAGGCACACAGCGGCCGGGUGAAAAUCCACCUCAACAACCGGGCUGACAUCAAGGAGUGCAAAGGCCACAGCGUCUUUGGCCGAGGUGACAACUCCUUCCGGCUGUUCUUUGACGUCGUCGUGAUCCUCGUCUGCUCGCUCUCCUUCAUCCUCUGUGCCCGUUCCAUCAUCAGGGGGCUGAUGCUGCAGCACGAAUUCAGUCAGUUCUUCCAGCGCCGCUACAACCAGAGCGUGUGCCUGUCGGACAGGAUGGAGUUCCUCAAUGGUUGGUACAUCCUGCUGGUCAUCAGUGAUGUCCUCACCGUGCUGGGAACCAUCAUGAAGAUCGGCAUUGAGUCCAAGAACUUUGCUGAUUACGACGUCUGCAGCAUCCUCCUGGGCACCUCCACGCUGCUGGUCUGGGUCGGGGUCAUUCGCUACCUCACCUUCUUCCAAAAGUACAACAUCCUCAUCGUCACGCUGAGGGUGGCCCUCCCUAACGUCAUCCGCUUCUGCUGCUGCGUGGCUGUCAUCUACCUGGGCUACUGCUUCUGUGGAUGGAUCGUGCUGGGACCGUACCACGUCAAGUUCCGGUCCCUUUCCAUGGUGUCCGAAUGCCUCUUCUCUCUCAUCAACGGGGACGACAUGUUCAUCACCUUCGCCGAGAUGCAGCAGAACAGUUACCUGGUGUGGCUCUUCAGCCAGAUCUACCUGUACACCUUCAUCAGCCUCUUCAUCUACAUGGUCCUCAGCCUCUUCAUCGCCCUCAUCACCGGCUCCUACGAGACCAUCAAGCACCAAUGUGAGGGUGAAACGCCCGUGUCCCAGCUCCACGCCUACAUUGCAGAGUGCAAGGACAGCCCCAAGUCGGGCAAGUACCGUCGUGACAGCACCUCCACCUGCUCCGUAUUCUGCUGCUGUGAACAGGCUCCUCUGCAGGACAACACGUUGCUGGUGAACUGAGGGAGGAUCCCAGCACUCGAGGUGCCCCACGCUCCUGCUGGCUGCACGCCCUCUAAUUUAUUUUAUUGUCUGCUUUUAAUGACUCGGGACUCAGCACCGGCCCCAAAGGAGCGAGAAGAGAUGGACACCAGGCAAUGGGGUGCACAGAUGGAUGCCUGUCCUGUUAUUAUUCUUUUUUUUUCCCUUGAUGGACGCUGUGCCUCUAUGCUGAACUACAGCCUGGCAGUAACUCGGGAGCUGAGCUGCAGCCCCUCGGCUGUAUUUUGGGGGCUUUGGGAGCUCAGCCCCGCUUGUAUUGCAUCGAGGACUUGGCUGAUGCUUCAUCCUGAAGCCCUGCAGCCCCUCAGCUGUGUCCUGGACUCAACCUUGCCCUCGCUCCCCAGUCCAGUUGCCACUGGGCCACAUCCUGAACUUGCCUAGAGCCUCGCAGCGCCCUGGGGACACAUCUUGGCCUUUGUCCUACAGCUCCACGGCCCCUUGGUUGCCCUGGAGACUUAUCCUCACCCUUAUCCUGCAGCCCAGCUUCCCCUUGGCUGAAUCAGGGAUGUGUCUGGAGCUUUACCCCAAGCCCUGCAGCCUCUCAGCCCCUUGCAGCCCCCUGGAGCCAUCAGCACCUUAGAAAUAAGUACAGGGACAACAUCUGCUGCCAUCAGGUUCCCAUUUGGACCCCAGAGCCCCUUCGGCUGCACUGGGGUGGUAUCCCUCUCUCCAUCCCACAUCCCCACAACCGUUUUAGGGGCUGUUGAGGCACAAAGGGCUGCAGCAAUGUCCCAUCCCAACCACAGCCCCAGGAGCCAGGCCGUGUCCUCCUGCCCUCCCUGGAGGUUGCUCUGUUGUGCUCUUGGCACAGGGCUGU